AUGGAUUCGAACAAUUUGAAACGAAAAGAUACCACCAAGGGUCCGCCUUUGCGGAUCCUAUCCCUAGAUGGCGGUGGUGUGCGCGGCUACAGCAUCUUCAUCAUCUUACAGGAGGUCAUGCACCGCACGUUUGUCGAGAUGGAGGGGCGUGCGCCUCAUCGCAACGAGAUUCCGAAGCCGGCGGACCACUUCGACCUGAUCGUCGGCACGGGCACGGGCGGGCUGAUCGCACUGAUGCUGGGGCGGUUACGGCUGGACAUUGAGACAUGCAAGGAGCUGUACGUGCGAUUAACGCGGAUGGUGUUUGAGACGGACAAGACGAUCUUGGGCAUCCCGACACGGUCGACAGUUUUCAAGGCGUCCAAGUUGGAGGAAGCCAUUAUGGAGGCAGUGCGCGAACACACGGUGAACGAGAACGAGGGCAAGGAUUCACGGUCGGGCAGCGGCAGCAUCAGCAGCCCUUUGGGUGCGGGAGGUGGCUCGCGUACGAGCUCGGUACCAAGACGCCAUGCCAGCAACGCCAGCGUGGUCAGCUUCAGCGCGCGCAGUCCAGCAGCACAAAUGGCACGGCCUUACUUUUUCACGAACAACUACCACCGGGGGGACCCGAAUGCGUUGUUGUAUGACGCGAGAGAGUGUCGGACAAAGACAGUUGUCACAGCCACCUACAAGGGAGCACCACGAGGCGAGGAGCCGGUAAUGCUGCGAUCAUACGACUCCCGGCGGGAACCGGCACCAGAGUUCGACUGCCGGAUCUGGGAGGCUGGACGAGCGACGUGUUCGAUUGGACUGGCGUUUAAGCCUAUCCAGAUUGGACAAUCGGUGUUUCACGACGACGGAGCGGGGACGUUCAAUCCGUCGCCGUUUGCUCUGGACGAGGCGACGGUGAACGAGUGGCCCGGCCGGGAGGUGGGAGUGUUUCUGAGCGUGGGGACAGGCAAGCGACCGGCGGGCAGUGACAACAAUCCGAUGUGGUACGAAGGGUUCUUGGGAGAGUUUGCCGAGGCCCGUCGGCGGCUGGUGGCCAAGAUCGAGGGCUGUGAGAAGACGCACAACGAAAUGGUGCGUGAGCACCUGUCGAAGCGCGGCGUCAACGUGGAAAACUACUACCGGCUCAACGUCGAGGUGGGCGUGGGCGAGUUCGGGAUGAACGAGUGGCACCGGCUGGCAGAGAUCAGCACGAGCACGAAGCGGUACCUGUCGCGGCACAAGGAGCGCGGCAUGGUGCAGUCAUCAGCGGUAAAGCUGGCCAAGAUCCACCGAGCCCACACGCGGUUGAACAAGCAGAUGACGGAGGCGCCAGAGCAGAAGCAACAGCAGUACAUGCAGUAUCUGCAGUCGCCGGAGAUCUCGAUGCCGCUGGCCGUGGAGCUGCCCGCAGACGUGCCGACGGUGUUCUCUCCAUCCGGCAGCUCGGCCGUGCACACUCCGCGGCAGUCGUACGAGUCCAACAACACGGAUCGGCUGUCGGUGGCCAACAACGGCAGCCCGUCGCCACGGAGCUCGGCCGAUCGGUUUCAGCAGCAGCUGAGCACGACUUCCGAGCUGGCAUCGACGACCUAUGUGCCUCCCAAGUCCUCGGGCAGCAGCGGCCAGACGCGGGCGCAUAGCGCGGGAGGGCCAUCAGGCGGUGACGACCAUCUGACGGUAUCGGCACCGACGCCGGAGCAGUGGCGCUAUGCAGCGGCGGACACGCGCAGACAGGCGGCAGCCCAGGCGGCAGCGCCGGCAACAUACCGCGUCGAACCGCCACCAUUGCCGCCCAAGACGCCGCUGCCGGAGGGCAACGGACGGCCGAGCAGCCGCGGAGGCGAGCGGGGUGGACGACGCCGGGCGACAUACACGUCAACAGGAGUGGCUGGAAGCGCGCCCUACCCACUGGACGAUGACGAGAGGCCGCCUCCAGUCAACAAGGCGAGAAAACCAGAAUACAGGAGUCGAUGA